UCCUGCAGAAUGGUUUUUGAAGUUCUUGCUGGCACUGGCUGGCCUCUUGACAAUGAAUUUAGUUAUGAACCUCCCGGUAAAAAAUCCAGAAGUUUUCUUGCACCUAAAUCUGAUAUCAGAAGAGCUCAGUUUAAAGGGAGCAAAUCAAUGCCUCCUAUUGAUACCUCAUCUCCAGGACCAAUCACUCAACCUAUUAAAGAUGCUGAGGAGAGUCCAUUUCUUACAUCCAUGUUAUCUUCAUCUACUGACAGACCAGUGGACUCAUACAACUUGCCUCUAAAGUAUCUUCUUCAAGUGACUGAUUCAGAGUUACAGAACAUGUCACGUCAGGUGCCAACUAGUCAAAAAAUGUCAAUGGCUGGUGAUGGCACAACUGCUAUCACUCAGCUUGUUUUGCGUCCUGUAUCUUCAGGCCAGUCAAAUGUGCUGCAAGAUAAUGUAAUUUUAUCUGAUAUUAUCAAGAUACCUGUUUCUGAGAGAGGAAUAGAAAAGUAUCAGUUAAAACCUGAUACCAUUGAAUCACAAGGUUUCAAACCUGUGUACACAAAACAACAAUGUGAUCAGUAUGAAUCAAAUCCGGUGAGUUACAGCAACUUCAAAUCUCGAACUUUUAAGUCACAACAACCCCAGAGUGGGGAAAAGUUUAGGCAGCAAAUUUCUGGAGAUAAUAUAGUUGGUCGUAAACGUAAACUCCCCACAAAACCAGGCCGCCACAUUUGUCAUUUUUGUGGUCUUGGAUGUGCUAAGCCAAGUGUGCUUGAGAAACACAUCCGAUCACAUACUGGAGAAAGGCCAUACCCUUGUGUGGCUUGUGGUGUAUUCUUCAAAACUAAAAGUAACUUGUACAAGCAUAAUAAAUCACGAGCCCAUGCUGUGAAAGCUGGUCUCGGCCAAAUCCCCACAAGUACAUCAUCUGAAAUGACAAGUACUGAAGGUGAGGGUGACAAUGAAGAUGCCAAUGAGAGUGAAGAAACACAAACAGAAACAAGUGAUACAGAUGGAGAAAAUGAAGAGAAGCAAAUGAAACAUUUCAGGAAAGAACAAUGUUUGUUAGAAUUAGAUCCUUUACGAUUAAAAAGAGGUUAUUCUGAAUCUGAUGCCAAAAUACGUAUUGAGGAAUUUCAAGAGAAAAAGUCAACAUCUUUAACAGAAAAUUGUUUUUUGGGAGAUCAGCAUCAAUCUGUUAAUGUUACCAAGAUGACUAGUAGUGGAAGCAGCAACACCACAAAUACCGUGGCAUCUGUAAAUAUCCAUGGAGAAAUAAGCAAAGGUUCAUCUUUGGAAUUACAUACUGAUAGUCCACUUCAUCAUUCUGGUAACUUAGAUGGUAAAUCUAAACUAUCAGUUUCAAGUAUGACUGGACACACACCUGUUUAUUUGCCAGAUAAAUGCUUCUAUGAUGUUCCUCAGAUAUCUAAAUUACCAGAAAUCAAUUUAAAUGAAGAAUCUAAAGAUGACAUUUUGGUACCAGUUGCAGAUAAUGUAGUUUCUGGAAGUUUACAAAGUUCUCAUGCUAAGGAGUCAGUAAAAUCUUUCAACUUUCAUGACAAGCAAACUGUGAGUUCCAAAGACCAUGUGCCAUUAUCAUUAUCUUUACAGCCUUCACACAGCAAGUCGCAAGAUAAAUCUAUACAUCCCAUCAACAAAAGCAGUGAAGAGACAAAAACAAUAAGUUCUCUCAGCAUCACAGGAUCAACACCUACUGAUAAAAAAAGACUUGAGGAGCAUAUUUUGCAAAUCAUAUCUAAAAAUGAUACUAUUGUAAAUACUCCAAUGUCUGAACCACCACGUCAGAAAAGGAUAUUCCGUCAACACAGUGACCAACCAAACACUUCAGGUUCAAAAUUGGAAGAGCUGCCUCAGUCAGUGUCAAUGACUAAAGUAUCAAUACCAAGUAUUUUAUCAAUACCCUUGGCUCCAAUACCUGAUGACAAUGAUAUAAACAAAGAUUUAUGCCUCAGUCCACAACCUUACUUUACUCCUCUUAUUUCUGAAAAGAAGGAAAUCUCAAAUCCAAAACUCCCAGAAUUACUUUCAUCUUCAUCUAAGACAGAAAACUUAAAUGAAAAACUUUCUUCCACCAACAUUUGUUCUGGGCUCCAAGGAAGCCAAGAAAUUAAAAUUGAAAUUAAGUUGCCUAAAACUGGUUCCAAUGUUGUAACUAUUGCAACACCAUCACAGUCUAUCAUUGGUAAGCCAAACAUGCAAUUUUCACCUACAUCUGUUGUUACUACAGUUGUAAAUUCUUCAUCUUUUGUAAAAAAUCCUGAAAAUAGUGUUAUUAAAGGCCUUCUUUUGAAAGGUAAGACAUCUUCUCUGACUUCUCCAACUCCCCCAAGUAGAGUCAUUAAGGAAAAAUCAAGUAGUGUUGAUGAGAUAACAACUAUGAGAAAUGAGUCAACACUCAUUUCCUUCCAGCGUGAAGAUAUUGGCACUUAUUCUGUGUCAAAUGUGUCUUCUGUUUACAGCAAGGCUUCACAACUACAAAAAUUUCGACAGUCAAAAAGUAGUUCAUCUUCUACAAGUAUGGAUUCUCAUACUUCCCCUAUUACUAUAACGGAAAGAAGACCAGACCGACCUGCUCUAGUGAAAUGCAGCUCUUUCGAGAAGGAUGUACCACCUGGGUACCUAUCUCACAGUUUUUCAAGUGAUCGUGAAAGUUCAGUUGAUGUUGAUUUUGAGAAAGGAGAACGUUUAAAAGAUGAUAAACAUGAUUCAAAUGCUGUUGUAUUUAAUACUGAAAAUUAUGACCUGGUGGCACCAAAAAAGAAAGGAAGGCCUAAGGGCUCAAAAAACAAACCAAAGAUGAUGAAUGCAACAGUAUCAGUGCAAGGUCUAUCUUCUACUACUUUAGCUACAUCUUCAAGUUCAUCACAAAAUUCUAUUUUACUGGCAACUCUGAAGCAACCUUCCCUGCAGCAACCCUACACAGAGCCAUCUUGUGAUUUGCCUCCUUGGAAGGUAAUAUUGAAAAAUAAACUUAUAAAGAGAUCUAUGAGUACAGAGAGAAUGCUCUCACAAGAAAAAGAUUCUGAUUCAUUCUCUGCACAGUCUACUAUAAGUACAUCUCCCAGCACAGAAAGUUCUAGUAGCCUUGGACCUGUACGAGCUUCAUCUUUUGAAAUGUUAAAGCAGCCUAUUGAUAAUGAACGGAAUGAAAGAAACUCACCAUUAAAGAAACGUAAAGUUCCAAAUGAGUUUCUUCAAUCUGAUCCAAUUUCAAGACCUGGAGUAACUCGAGCUGGAUCAGAACCAUUAAUGUCACAAAUGGGGCUAAAUGCUGCUUCUUCAAAAUCUUUAUCUGAAAAACGCCUUGGCAGUCUACCCGAAACACUGGAGUAUAAAUAUUCUGUUCCUCAAGUGACAAACUCUUUAAAUAAUCCAAUGUGUUCAGGUCCAGUUACAGUACCUGUCGUUGUUGCACAACCAAUUGUUAUCCCAAUGAAAUUUUCUGAUUCUAUUCAAAGUGCCCAUGUACCUGUCACUUCAGGGUGGAGCAAAUUGAACAAAGUUGCUUUAUCAACACACUGUGAUAUUCAGUUAUCUUUGCCAGCUAUUCCAGCCACUUCAACAUCAAGCAAACAAAUUCUACAGUUACCAUUGGUAACAAGUCUAGUUGUUUCAAAAUUUCCUAAAGACAAUAAAAUAGAAGCAACAAAUCUGACAGAAGAAUUCCCAUUGUUAAAUACUUCAAAAGAAUUGUCUACAAGUGUUAGUAAUAGCACUGACAUAGUUAGUGAGACAAACACACAACCAGAUGUCACUGCUAUUGUAGUUCCUGUAUCUGCUUGCCAAGCCUCUCUUCUUUCAGGAGACUCUACUCUAACAUCACUUAAAGAAGUCUCAACUGCAUCAACAACUGGAUGUAAUACCUCAAAGCAACAAAUUAUUACUUCCUUGCGGAGUUUAACACAAACUACAUUUUGUUGUGUUCAGCGUUUGCAACCCAUGUAUGUUCCACAAGGUGAAAAUCAAAAAAUUUCGAUGUAUUCUAACUGGAGGGUUUCAAAACAUACACCACAUCCAAGCAAUCUUACACCUCAGAUGUCCUUAUUUCUAUACAAUUCUAAGAAUACAAGUGAUCCUAUAUAUUCUGUGGCCAAGAAUAAAUCUGAAACAAACGUGACUGAGAGUUCUGAAUGGAAUUUGUAUUCCAAACGAAAACUUCUGCCAUUGAGUUCUUCUGUUGUUGAGAAACUUUCCAAUGGAGUGUUAACCAUUGAUACAACUGUGGCCACAGAAGUUGUCAAACUACCAACAGACAUUAUGAUAUCUGAUAAAAAAGAUAUUGGUUUAUUGCCACAAUCUGAAAAUAAGGUUGACUCUGUACUAACUAAUUCCAGUUCAAAAGAAACUGUUACAACCAAAGAACCCAAAAGAGUUCGAAUAUUUCAAGGUGGCUUUCGUUCUACUGAAGAGUAUACAUAUAUUCGUGGAAGGGGACGAGGGAAAUAUGUGUGUGAGGAAUGUGGCAUUCGUUGUAAAAAACCAAGCAUGUUGAAAAAGCACAUCCGCACCCAUACAGAUUUGCGGCCAUACCACUGUAGACAUUGUCGUUUUUCUUUCAAGACUAAAGGUAAUUUGACUAAGCAUAUGAAAUCAAAAGCUCACCAAAAGAAAUGUUUGGAACUCGGUAUUGAUCCUGUGCCUAUUAUUGUUGAUGAAUCACAAAUUGACUCAGAAGCUUUAGCUGCUCAGAGUGCUAUAGCCAAAGAGACUAAGAGCUUGGAUGAUGAGAAUGAAGAUGAUGAAGAAGAUGAUGAUGAUAUAGAUGAUGAAGAAGAAACUGAUGAUGCUGAUGGCCAAUUUUCGGAUUCUGAAGAAAGUGCCCGUACAAGCUUUGAAAGAAUGGACACUAAUGAGACAGUUGAUACAUCUAUUGACAGAGAAAGUGAAUGUGGUAUGCCAACACAUUCUUCAAGUUUAGAUGUUGCUGAAACAAGUCGAAUAUCAGAAGUUAAUUCCUCUGAGGUCUCAGAAUCUGAGCAUGCUAGUGGCUCAGAAAUUGCUGUGUCUAUGACCUCUGUCUAUGUUGGAACAUCAGGAUUGACAGCAACAAUUUCCAGUGCAUCAGUUGCCAUGAUCACAGGAGUGGCAAACCAAUCACAAAUUGAUAAUGAGAUUGCUCGUAGUCUUUUAGAUCUAUCUCAAAGACAAGUGCAGCCAUCAGAAGAUACUGCAAAAGAAAUUUCAGCCAAUGUGGCAUCUCAUACCAAAACAGAUACUAGUGAAAAAACAUUGGUACGGCAGUACAGCUUUGAUAUGGCUGACUCUCCUGAGAGAGGUAUGAGCAGGUCUCCAUCCCAAACGGAACAUCCAGAAAUUCAAGUUUUUUCUGCUGAUGAAUGUGAAAAGUUUCCAUCCUCAGUAAAUGUUAGAGAGAAGGAAGAAAAUAUUGUGAUUGUGCAAAGAGAAACUUCACCUAUCUCUCAUGAAAGAAAGGAUUCCAAAAGACAACAAUCUUCUGAAAAAGAAGAGACUAACCUAUCAAACAGCCAGGCGCUAAUGGCAUUAAAGACAACAAAAGGUCCAACUCAUUGUUUACCUUCAGGAGUUUCUGUUGAUCCUGUAUUAAGUGAACCUUCUUCAACUCAGAAAAUUAUUUUUGUUUCUGAGAUACCACAGAGUUUACAAACCAUUGUAGCUAAUGAUGCUGGUCAAACAUCAAUAAGCACGGUGUCAUUAUCUUUUACAGGAAUUCUUCCUAAUGGCAGUAUGGGCCCUCUUGUUGGCCAGGUGUUACAAGGUUCAAGUAGCACAACAUUGAAUUCUACUAAUACUACCAUUACUCUUUCUCCACUUAUCCCUCCAUUUCAGUUUCAGCACCCUUUCCAAGCAUUUGAAAGAUCAUCGGAAAUAAAACCUGAAGAAACAAAUGUAAAGUUAAAGGAAGAUACAUCAUCUACUGUAAUCAUACCACUGGUAGACACUUCUGGUGAGAGCCAGUCACCAAUCUGUAACCCCAAAACUGUUUUGUUACCUCAAACCUCUUGUGUGCAAACAGCAAAUAGUGUUGCAACAAGCAUUAUUCAUAAUUCUGAUUCUAAUAAUCAGCUGCAACCUCAGCCACUGAUUGGGCAAGUAGUUUUGCCAAAUCAACAAACACCAAAUAAUUCUUCACUUGUGAGUAUAAUUGUGACUAAUCAAGCUUAUCAGACUACAGAUGGAUUAUCCCCACAAAAUCAGAACAAGCCUGAAAAUGGGUUCCAAUCAGUAUACCAACGCAUUCAGUCACCUCUGCAACAACAUAGUAAUAGUGAAUCAUGUAUAUCAGAAAGCAGGCAUAUUGAAAGGUCAUCACCUUCAAAACUUGGAAGCAAUAUGCAAGUCAAUAACAUGGCUACCAUCAAACCUUCCAGCUAUAUUUCUGAAGGAUCUCAUCAACCUCUUGCAGUUUUUACUCCAACUAAAAUUGUUGGCCAAAAAUCACACUCUGAACAACAAUCAUCUACAUUUGAAAGACAUUCACCUGUAAUGUUUGUAGAUGAUAUUCAAAGAAGAAAUUUAUAUGAACAAAAAAAACUAGCUGAACAACAAACAUCUUUCAAGAUUCAACCAUCAACAAUGAUUUCAAAUGUACAAGUACCAGUUCAUCAUAUCAGUAGACAAUCACCAAAGACACAUGUAGAGAAAAGUUUCUCCCCUACUCUGUUUGCUGACAAUUACUCUACAACCAGACAACACCAAACUGAUCUUUCUGCUUCUACACAACCACAGUUAGAAGAAUUUUUUCCAGUGCAUCAAAAUUCAGACAACUUUUCUUCAACUCAACAACACCAAAGAGAAAGGUAUUCUCCUAUGAGACAACCAAAUAUGGAACAGUAUUCUGCUCCACAGAACCAAGUAAAUAGAUAUUCACCAAAUCAGCAACUAAAUAUGGACAGAUAUCCAAAGACACAGCAGCAGAUGGAAAGAUAUUCUCCAACGCAGCCACUAAAUGCAGAUAAAUAUUCUCCUACAAAACAAAUAGACAUGGACAAAUACUCUACUACACAGUUACAGUUGGAGAGGUAUCCUGCUACACAACAACAGAAAAUGAAGCAUUAUAAUCCUGUUCACCAAAGCAAUGUAGAGAGAUAUUCACCCACAAGACAACUCCAUGUGGAUAGGUAUUCCACAGUUCAACAUGUGGACAGGUACAGUCUAUCUCAACAACAUGCAGAUUUGUUGCCUUCACAAAAUUAUGUUGAAAGAGUAUCACCAUACCAUCCUCUUGAAAGAUUGGCAUCUCCAAGGCAUCACAGAUUUUCUCCCACAAGACAGUUGGGAGAUAGGAUUUCACCAACAAGACAUGUAAACAGACUUUCUCCAACAAGGCAGCAUGUAAGCAGAUUGUCUCCAACACAUGUUGAUAGGUUUUCUCCUACUUGGCAAUAUACUGACAAACUGUCUCCAACUCAACAAGGAGUAGAGAGAUUAUCACCUUCACGUCAGCAUUCAGAGAGAAUGUCUCCAAGCCAACAGUUUCUAACUAGAUUCUCUCCAACAAGACAAACUAACCGAAUGUGUCAAAAUGUUGACCUUGUGUCUAAUCCCAAACCUCACGUUGACAUGUCUUUAGAAUGCCAAUCUCCAACUAGACAAAUAAUACGAAUGUCACCUCAGCCAUUCGGUGAUAAGAUAUCUGGAACUACUCAGAUCAAUAGAGUUCCAAACAAAUCAAAUGAAACUUCAGGUCAAAUACCAUUAGAGCCAUCUUCAAGUAAUCUGUCUGAACAACAGUCAACUGAUAGAUCACUUCCAGAAUCAACCAUUGAAAAAGUAAUCAUUGAAAAGCAUUUAUCAUACAGACAUUUAGAACCUCAAGUUUCUUCGAAGAUCUUCGGAUGCAAUGCAACAUCUAAGCCUAAUGAAACACUCUGUGUUGAAAAACAACAUGUUGUAACCAGUAUAUCUACAUCCUGUUCUCAGACAAUGCAGAAGUCAUUUAAAGAGGAUUUGAACCGUUGCAGAGAUUGCAAUAAGAAAUUCUCUACUUCACAAGACUAUACUGUGCACCGGAGACAACACAUGAAAACGCAUCGAAGUGAAGAUGCUACUACUUCUCAUACACGACCUCAUCUUCAUAAGUGCUUUCACUCAGAAGGACAUGCAGAUUCCCGCUCACUGAGCACCGAAGAGAUACCAAAGCCUCCAGACUGUGUGAAUUGUAAGGUGGACUUCUGGAAGCAAAACCACUUACCUAAACAUUUAUGGGCAAAGACUCAUAAAAUGACAUUAGAGAAAUUACGUAACAAACAUUCAUCAUCAAGUGAUAGUGAGCCUGCUAACCUUGCAGACUCAGUAUCUGAGACAAUUAGUCAUUCUACUUCUGCUGUCACCGUUGUAGCUCCGUCCAGAGUUGAAACCAUCCCUGCUUCUGAAAAAGCACUCGAUUUGUCGAGAGAUGAAUCUCUUACAGUAACUCAGACAAGUAUUGCAAAAACUUCUUCCCUAAUAACAACUGCGAGUGUUACUAAUGCAGCUAAUAUUCAGAGUGUUAGUGUUUCUAGUGAACCUACAUUUAGAUUAAGUGAAGAAGAAAGCAAAAUAACUGGAUUAGAAACUCCAAGCCAACCACAGUUCUUAUUACACCAACGACCACUCUACCAAAAUUAUCUCGAACCAUAUAGUGAUUCUAGUAUCAAAAUUAAGGAUGAACCAUUAGAAUCGGAUAAAUGGUCUUCUGUUCGAAAUCACCAGUGGUUAAGAGUAACCAAUAACAGUACUGAAAUGACAGGAACUGGUAUUAUUCCUGUAAUGUCUGUAAUGGCUGUUACUUCCCCCAAUAUGUGUAAUCUUUGCCAAGCUGUAUUUCCUUCACAUCACCAGCUUCAAAGUCAUAUUUUGGUGCACAAAAACCAUCGACCAUAUGUGUGUGAAUAUUGUGAUGCUGGUUUUACAAAAAAGCAGUCACUCAAAAUUCAUCUUCAAACCCAUUCACUGGAUAAACCAUACAUUUGUGAUAUUUGUGGUGAUACUUUUGCUUCAGCUGAUAAACGUAGUGAUCAUUACCAGAUUCAUUCAGAAGCGCACCAUAGAGGUGAGGAUAGUAUUACACCAGCAUAUCAACAACUACACCAAGUGGUUAGCCCUUUGCCUAAGGCUUACACAAGUUCACAAGAGUUGUAUAUGACCCUAACACAGCUACCCGGAAACCAAACUCCAUUACCUGAGGCAUCUGCAAUGGUUCAGCAAAAGCAUGUACCAUUCCGAACACAUUUGCAUCAAGAUCAGCAAUAUUUGGAAAUUUGUUCUCCAAAUGUUGUUGAAUCAGCAGCUGUUACAGUUUCAGCACCCAUCCUCACAACAGCUAUCUCACCAGACUCAAGUUCAAUCAGCAAGCCUUGAAAUGGACAUAUUGCCCUUUGGUAAUCAAAAUCAAUUUCAGUGGGAAUUAUUCCCUUCUGAAGAAAUGCAGUAUUCUGCAGUGGCAUGCAGAUAGCAUCAUAUGCAACAACCAGAUAGUCAGUCAAUGAAAAGUGCAUCCCCUAGAAAAUUGCAGCUUAACCUACAGAGGGUUUUUCUGUUUACACAGGGGAUAUUUUGUUUGAGUGUCUUUGUUGUCACGGUGCAGAAAGCAUUAGGCAUGUCUCUUCCGAGGGAGACCAAGCAGAAUUUCUUGAAUGAGCCCCAUGAUGGCUUUAAUUGCAACCUGCUGAAUAAUGUUGUACCUAUUUGAUACACUUCCUCAAGCCUGCUCUUCAGUUAUGUUUGAGCACUUUUUUCAGGUUGAAACUAAGAUGUGUGUAUAACACAAGCCUUUUCUCUUUCCUUGCCUGGGUGACAUUUUUGGGUUAUCAGGUGUUGAGAGUUACAAAGACAUAUGAGAAUACAUAGAUCCUUGCAAGGAGAAACCAAAUACAUGUGUAUGUGCACGUAUGUAUGUGUGUGUGUGUGUUUAUAUAUAUAUAUAUUACACAUAUGUAUGUAUGUGUGUGUGUGUGUG